AUGGCUCUCACAUACACGACAAUUCCUCUCCAAGUCAAAGGCGUAAACCUCAAUCUCUCCACAAUCCACAAGCUGAACUCCAACCCUCCAAUUCUCUUCCUCCAUGGCUUUGGCUCAUGUAAGGAAGACCUAGCAGACAUAACUAUCAAUCCCUCCUUACAGCACUACGGAUAUCUAGCCUUCGACGCCCCAGGCUGCGGCCACUCCUCGAGUGACAACCUCUCCGCGACAGAUAUCCCUUUCCUAGUCGAAACCGCAGAAGCCGUCCUCUCAUACUUCCAGAUCGACAAGUUCCAUCUCAUGGGCCACUCCAUGGGCGGACUCACAGCUCUAUUACUUGCCCACCGUCAUCCUGGAGUAUUGAGCUUUAUCGAUAUCAAAGGAAACCUCGGCCCGGAAGACUGCUUCCUGAGCCGGCAGAUAUUUGAUUUCCCAUCUGACGAUCCGGAUGCGUUCCUGGAUGCUUUUAUUCAGCGUACUCGCGAGGCCAAAUCAUUUGCUAGCCCUUUGUACGCGAGUACUCUGCGUGCGAGGGUUCGGGCUGGGGUUGUACGGCCUAUUUUCGAGUCUAUGGUUCAUCUAUCGGAUAACCAGCCUUUGAUUGAAUUAUUUCUGGAGCUGCCUUGUCCUAAGAUGUUUAUGUUUGGGGAAGAGAAUCGCGGGUUGUCGUAUCUAGGACAGCUGGAGAAAGAGGGUGUAGAAUUGGCACAGAUUCCAGAGAGUGGGCAUUUCCCUAUGUAUUCUAAUCCGGUGGAGAUGUAUCGUCGGAUUUCGGGAUUUUUAGAAAUAAUUGAUGGGAGUAUUUGA